UUUUAUUUACAUAUUUUUACAGUGACUUUUUCCCCCCCCCACACCAAUUAGUUGCAAGCUUGUUUUAGUGAUAGGGAAAUUACCAGGUCAUUGAACGCUAAUUGGUUGUCAUUUUCUUUUUAGAUGGACAAACUAUGCUCUAAUUAUUGUGUAAUUUCCAAAGAAACUAGUAAUUAUGGUUGUCAGUAAGUGCAGUGACGAACAGAGCUUAAUAUUUCUCUCUGAAAAGCAAUGGGGAAAAAAAGGCAGGAAGGAGCAGAAAAUGGAUAAACUAAAAGUAAAUGACAAGUACCUUGAACAUACAGAGCAUAACUGGGCCACUGAUUCUUCUUUCUUCAUCUGUUAGGUGAGCAGGACAUGAAUUGUGAUAAUUAAUCACAUUUUAAUGCUAACAGCUCUGUUAACAUGACAGCAUGACAGCUCUGUUUGAGUCUGUAUAGGAAGUUUACUCAGUUUGGUGUAGGGGUUCAGUGGAGUCACAUGAGCAUGUGCGUAUGAUUACUCGUUUUGCUUUCUCUCAUGUUAGCUUCCACUGCUGUCACUAAUGAGCUUGGCUACUAUAGCAACGGUGCUGCAGGGAGAGGCCUGCUAAUUGGCUUCCUCAUUCAGAUAACUUUCUCUCUCACCAUGUGGGGAAAAAACAAGUUGGCAUUUUGCUAAACCAGGACAAGAGAGUUGAGCUAACAGAGGCAAAGGCACCAAGACAAAAUCAGAUCUUCUGAAUCUUCUCACAUUUUUUGGAUAAGGAUUAAUUCCUCUUUCAAAGUGCUGUACAUGAUUGUUUUCAUCAGAAACCAGUAACUGCACUAAGGACAACAUAUCAAAGAAAGAACUUCUCACUCUUCUUUCUGAAACUCUUCCCUUUGACUCUGAGCUUUGACCUUUAGCUCUCAGUAUGAGCAGUCUGGUAGGGAAGCUGGACCCUCGAAGGGUUCAGUGGGCCUCGACAUGGAACACCUUUGCCUCCCGCGUCCUGAGAACCAAGCCGGUGGAAUCCAUGUUGGAUUCUGCCAUGUCGGGCACCAGCUCACAUGGGACCAGGCUGGCGCGGGUUUUAUCUACAGUGGAUCUGGUAUCGCUGGGUGUGGGAAGCUGCGUCGGGACAGGGAUGUAUGUGGUCUCAGGGCUGGUCGCCAAGGAGAUGGCUGGUCCAGGGGUCAUUGUGUCCUUCAUUAUCGCCGCUGUGGCCUCCAUACUGUCAGGUGUGUGUUAUGCAGAAUUUGGUGUGCGCGUGCCUAAAACCACUGGUUCGGCCUACACGUACAGCUACGUGACUGUGGGCGAGUGCGUGGCGUUUUUCAUCGGCUGGAACUUAAUUCUGGAGUACCUGAUUGGGACCGCGGCGGGGGCAUCAGCUCUCAGCAGCAUGGCGGACUCACUGGCCAAUCACAGCAUCAGCAACUUUAUGAUUUCACACAUCGGAACGCUCAAUGGCCUGGGUAAAGGGGAGCAGUCGUACCCGGACCUGCUGGCGCUGCUGAUAGCACUGCUGGUGACAGUGAUAGUGGCUUUGGGAGUGAAGAACUCUGUGGGCUUCAACAAUGUGCUGAAUGUCAUCAACCUCAUAGUUUGGGUGUUCAUGAUGAUCGCCGGGCUGUUUUUCGUCAAUGGAGAGAACUGGGACGAGGGGAGGUUCCUGCCCUUUGGCUGGUCAGGGGUGAUGCAGGGAGCAGCCACCUGUUUCUACGCCUUCAUUGGAUUUGACAUCAUCGCAACAACAGGAGAGGAGGCCAAGAGUCCAAACACGUCCAUCCCGUACGCCAUCACUGCCUCGCUCAUCACCUGCCUCACUGCAUACGUCUCCGUUUCUGUGAUCCUGACCCUGAUGGUACCGUACAAUGAGAUCGAUGCAGAUGCCCCACUCAUGGAGAUGUUUGCCAUGCAUGGCUGUAUGUUUGCGAAGUAUAUUGUGGCUGUGGGUUCCAUAGCAGGACUCACUGUAUCUCUCCUGGGGUCCCUGUUCCCCAUGCCCAGGGUCAUUUAUGCCAUGGCAGGGGACGGUCUGCUGUUUAAGUUCUUGGCCAAUGUGUCUUCCUACACCGAGACCCCUGCUGUGGCCUGUGUGGUGUCUGGUUUUCUGGCUGCCCUGCUGUCCCUCCUAGUCAGCCUGAGAGACCUCAUAGAGAUGAUGUCCAUAGGUACCCUGUUGGCCUAUACCCUGGUAAGCCUGUGUGUGCUCCUUUUGCGUUACCAACCAGAGGGCGACAUCCACGGCUUUGUGAACUUCCUCUCUGAGGAACAGAACAACAAGAGGAAGGAAGGUGUUCUGGCUGAGUGUGAGAAAGACGCCUGCUCACCAACCAGUGAAGCUGAUGAGUAUGGAGGUCCGCCCACAAACACCUGUGGAGCCAAAAACCUGCCGUCACUGGGUGACAACGAGAUGCUGAUAGGCAAACCAGAUAAAAACGCUUACACUGCAAGCCACCCAAAUUAUGGUACAGUGGACAUGACCACCGGCAUUGAAGCAGAAGAGUCAGAGGGUGGGAUGUCCCGGCGGUUGAAGAAACUCAUUGGACCACGCUACUACACCUUAAGGAUCAGAUUGGGCCUCCCAGGGAAGAUGGACAGGCCAACUCCUGCCACAGGGAAGACAGUCACUGUGUGUGUGCUGCUCCUCUUUAUCUUCCUCUUCGCUUUCUGCUCCUUCAUCAUUUUUGGAUCGAGCUGUAUUGCAGAGGGUCACUGGUGGGCUUUGCUCCUGUUAGUCUUCUUCAUUAUACUCAUUGCCCUGCUUAUCAUCAUCAUCCUCCAGCAGCCAGAGAACCCCAAGCGGCUGCCCUACAUGGCACCCUGUGUGCCCUUCGUACCUGCUUCAGCCAUGCUAGUCAACAUCUACCUCAUGCUUAAACUGUCUGCCAUUACCUGGAUACGGUUUUCAAUCUGGUGCUUCGUGGGUGUGCUCAUCUACUUUGGCUAUGGCAUGUGGAAUAGCACCCUGGAGAUCACAGCCAGAGAGAACGAGGUGCACGCGUCCACCUACCAGCGCUACGAUCAAGGUGUGGACGAAGGUUUCUGCGGCUUCGACGAUGAUUUCUACCCACCUACCACUGACCCCUGGGGUGCGUCGUCGGGGCUCACCCCGCCCCCUGAUGCAAAACCUGAGAGUGGCGGGUCCCCAUCAAAAGGUGGAGGCAGGACCAUUGCCAAUCACGGCCUGGCAGAGGAGGAUCCCAUGGAUUUCUGAAGGGACUGAUUUCUGUUAUCCUGAAUGUACUGCCUUGUCUGCUGCCUGGGGAGAGGGAGGGGAACAGUAAAGUGAGUGCAUGAAUGUAUGUGUGAGUGUGUGUGCAUGCCUGCAUGUGUGUGUGUUUUGAUUUGUGUGUCUAACCCUUGGGCUAGAGAGUUUCUUGGCAGAGGAACGGCUCUUCAUUCACCAUUCACCUAACCAUGCUUGGCUCCUCGGCUCGCAGCAGCAAAUGUGUGUCAAGGUCACAAGUGUCUUGUCACAGUCACUUGUUAUUCACUUACUGGAAUCCACAUCCCACAAACGAAAGGUAGGAUAGGAAAGUGCGGACGUAGCAAAAGAUAAAAAAAAUAAUGUGACUUACUGACACAUUCUGUACCGAACAAUCAGUUAGCUGUUAAUAUGUGAGAAUUUACGGGAUACAGGAGAGGAGAGGGUGAUGAGUGAAGGACAGAUGAAUCAGCACCUCUCUUCCUGUUUCAGCAUAGGCUGUCAGGAAAUUUAGAUGACAACAUGCCAAACCCAGGCUAUUUCCUAUGUACAGGUCUAACUUUCGUUACUGGCUUUAUGUUCAGUUAAAAGGAAAACAGUUACCAAUGCUAUCAAAAACACAAAAAAGAAGUUCUUAAAAAGAUGCUUUCUGUCUAACUUUAAAUCUUUUCCCCUGACACUUAAUAUCUAGCCCAAGGGAUUCAGGACAGGACUGGGAAGAGGGCGUCGAUGUUUUCUGUCACAAAUAGUACUUGGACUUUGCUUGCAAUAGUGCCUUCACCUACUGUCUACUGUAUGUGUACGUGCGUUUCUGAUUAUGUUUGUUUUUCUACUUUAAUUUUGCCUGUGUAUGUGUGAGGGUGUAUGUGCAAUCAAACUUCACCUUUUACCUUGA